UGGUCUGUUCUUCGUUGUGAGGCCAUCGAUGUGUUCAAUGGGAAAUAGAAAAUUUUCUGUUCCCCCGAGGUUGGACACAUAUCGUCAGCCUACGAACAAGGGGGGCAUCGCAGGCUGAGAGAUAAGGGGAGAUUCCCGAGGACAAUGAAAAGAGGAAGAAUCAUUGGUGCUAAGGAAAUCGACGACAGUGCAAGUACUGAUUCAAUUGACAAUGUCGAAGUUGUGGAGUCUGUGGAGUUACAAUCGCCGUUUAAAGCAGAUGUAUUAAUACCCAAUGAUGGACACAACACCCUGUCUAUAGCUGGUGAUAAGAAGGCGAAAGAGGCUGAAAUGGAAGAUGUCUCGUGUCCCAUUUGCUCGGAGAAGAUGCUCUCGUUGUUACAAUUGAACAGACACUUGGACGACGAACAUGGGUUUGGUGAUAAUGGCACCCCGACACCUAUGAAGACCAUGCCGAGAACCAAUACACCAUCACCGUUGUUAACUACACCUAACGAGGAGUUAAGGUCGUGGUUAAAGAAGACAAAUGAGGUCAGAUCAAAGAUCCAGACUGCACUACCGAGAAAGUUUGUGAAUUUGGACUUGUUUGACUCCUCGAACAACUCCUUCUCCAUGAGUACGGAGCCUAGUGGACAGCCAUCUACUAAUACAACAACAUCGACGAAUCAGCCAGAGAUCACAGUUAAGAGAUCACACUGGCAGAGGCCCACUGGUCGUGAUAAGUGUACUGAGUGUCACAAGACUCUGAACAUCAAGAAUGGACUAGUGAAUUGUCGUAAAUGCGGACUAUUGUUCUGUAAUUCACAUUCAGAUUUCAAGGUUAAACUGAACGAAAAUGCACAGUACGACCAUGAAGGAGUUUGGAGCAGGUGCUGUACCAACUGUUUCCAAGGUAAGCCUGGUUAUAACGAUUACGGUCUUUAUGAAGACUUGACUAAAAGGUUUACCACUCUACGACAGAAGAAAGUUGACGAGAGAGAUAUGCUUCAAAACAAAUUGGAGAAAAGAGUUAUCAACGUGUCUACAAUGCUCAACAAGAUAGAUAGAGAGUACCACUCUACUGAAUUUAACAGCAACUUCCUCAAUUUCAGAAUCAACAGUAAGAAGAGAGAAGUGGAACAACAAUUGGUCAAUUGGGAAGAUGGUUCUCAUGUCUUGAACUGCUUUAUAUGCCUGCAACAGUUUUCGUUUACUUUAAGGAAACACCACUGUCGUCUGUGUGGUCGUGUUGUUUGUGGGGAUAAUCAAACCCAGUGCUCUAUGGAGAUCCCUGUUGAACACUUGACCACGCUAUUGGACGUUCCAAAGGUGAACAACCAAUCACUGAUUCGAAUGUGCAAAGAAUGUAAAGAUUGUCUGUUCCAAAAGAGGAACUUCCAACGGGACUUAAAGAGUCCAUUGACUCCUUUGUUACAAAAAGUUGAUAAUCAACAAUCCAUUAAGAAAGCUAUCUUAGUGUUGAUGCCCAGGUUUGAAGAUAUCUUAAAGAGGUUGCAGACUGACCAAAACAAAUCCAAAUCGUUGACUCAGGAGGCUUCAAGGCUAAGAAAACGAUUGGUGGACUCCUUUGCAUCGUUUGAUAAGUUCACAAAGGAAAUCAUUGCACUGGAAGGGCUCUCAAAAGACGAAGAGCUGUUACAACAUGCCAUCAAAGUGGAAAGUGCAACGUUCAUUCAGGAGAACAUGGCACCUUUAAAACAACUACCUCAGCUACUACACCAAUUGGAAGCUAAUUCGAAUAAUAAAGGCAUGUCCAAGCCUAAAUACACAAGGGAACAGGUUACAAUGAUUAAACAACGUCGUCAAGAGUUGAUGGUUUUACAAGAACAAAGGUUUUUAGUUGAAGAGAUGGUUUCCAAUUGUAAAAAACAGAGGAAAUUUGACGAAUUACCAAUGCUCCAGGACAAUCUCAAAGAACUGAAUGGACAGAUCGAACAAGUACAGAAUACAUUAGGCGAAGAGGGGUUUUAGAGAGAUAUAAGUAACGAUUAAAAAUGAC